AUGGCGUCCAGAAACAGACACGGUUCUUUGGGGGAACUGUGGCAGGCUUGCUUAGAAACAAUUCAGAGCAUAGAGUUUUCGCGACGCUCGCGAUCCGAGGCACCUUCCUUUUACUCCCAUACAACAAAACUCGAACAAUGGGCAAACGAAGUCGGGAUUAGCGCGGAAAACCCUCAACUUCAUGGGUCCCGCGGUGGUUCUUCUCAAGUUCACAGAAACAGAACGGCUAUUGAGAAUGCCCUGCGCAAUAUUCAAGAAGCAUGCAUCGCUAUUAGAAGCCACGCGCGGAGAACAUCUCGUCUCGCCCAAUGGCGACAGAAGCUACAAAACAUGCCAUGUCCGGAAGAGGGCGAACUUGGUGACGCAGUGGAAAAGGUUGGCGAAGAAAUCGAAAAAUUAUACCUUUUAAUUCCAUUGAAUAUGGUACACAGCGAGUCGAAGCAAUCUCAGCCAGUGGUGCGAUUGUCAAUACCACCGUCGGAGAGCGUGUCGAAUCUAGCAUCAGAUCCUUCGGUUGUGGAGGACUUACUGAAGGCCCUUAGCGGUAUUGAAGGCGCAUCUCAUGUAAGGUUUACUGCGAAUUACGACACCAAUCAAGAAAGGUACUACCAACUGCAUCGGCCAAGAUUCAGGAGCAUGACACCGAACGAGGGCCUGUUCCACGUCAUACGACCAACUCUCAAUAUUGCAAAUCAGUUGUACGCAUUGCAAAAUGCUGUCGACGGCUGUGGCGAAACUUGGCUGAACGACCUAGGUCAGGUCAACCUCGCUUUUUGUAAUUCUAUAAAGGUGUUUCUGAAAGAGACGAGGUCAAAGAUUGCUCAACUUCAGCUGCGACCCUUGACAAUACACGAUCUUCAAGGUAGAUUAGGCAGAGCAAAGGUCCAAGCAGCGGUGCUCUACUAUUUUGCCGCGAGAUUACUGAUACCAAAGAACUUAACGGGGAGAGGAGCUAUUAACUGCGGAACGACAACUAGUGCUAGAGCGCAAGACACAAGGCCGAGAUCUACCACACACUCGUCGACAGACUCAUCCUCAGGGAUAUACUCGGACAUCCCCUCGAAUUUCUCAGGUGAUUUUGAGAGCACUCUCAUAUCAAAUAAUAAGGAUAGCCUGGCCAGCAUAUGGAAUGAAGAAACCCUCGAUCUUCCUUCGAGAGGAGGCAAUGCGCUGAGUUUCCUCUCUAGGCGACUGAAAUCACAGCCACGAAACCCAAGGGCCGCAGCCUUUCUCAACAAGAUUUACCAGGACAUGAGCCAGCCGUAUAUGGCAAUGUUGAACCGGUGGCUGCAGUCUGGUGACUUGUGUGAUCCACAUCUGGAGACUUUUAUUAGAAAACCUCCAGAUGUGUCUGAAUCCGUGCUUGAACUAGCUCUCUGGGCCGAAUUCAAUGAAAGGUAUAGCCAAUUUGACCAGUUUGGCAUUGAGACGCACUACAUCCCUACACAGUUGAAAGGCCAGGAGAAGAUAAUCCGAGAAACAGGAAAGAUUAUGGCCUGCGCUCGAAAAUUGGGAGCGAAAGAGCCGUUGGAGAUGGGAGAUUUUCCUAAAACACUCGACAGUUCUCUUCUAUCGAGUACAAUUCGCACAGCCUACACUCGGGCGAACCAAAUACUCCUGGACUUGCUUUUUGGACAACACCAGCUUUUCUUGGUACUACAGUCACUGAAGCUUCACUUUUUGUGUCUGUUAGUCACCGAAUACUCCGGCUUUCUUAAAACCGGAGCAGCAGAGUUAAUCAAGAAAAAAAAGGACGCUAAUAUUGAGAAUUCCUGGUUCCAAGAGAAGUGCCGUCCAGAAUAUGUAAGACUUCUCGACCCUUACCCACAUGACGUUGCGCUUUGCUUUGGUGAGAAAUGCCUGGAGCAAAUGAUACGUGAUCUGGAUGCCGCAACCAGGGUGAACCGUCGACCACCAAGUGAGGACUAUUGCUAUCGCUUCCUGGAAUUACAUCGUCAGAUUCCCUUUGCGGCGUCCAUCGUCCUUGGCCGUGCUGGCUCAACUAAAUAUCAGUGCAUCUUUAAAAUUCUUGUGUCGCUCCGCAUCCUAGAGCUCAAUCUUGUAGAUACGUGGCAAGAAUUCGAAAACAAGUUCCUCGGCCUCCCUGCGGUUUUGCUAACCCGGGUAUCCCGUGUGUCCGCACUUCAAACUCGAAUGUUGCAUUUCGCACAAAUCACCUUUAGGUAUUGCUGUAUGGAGGUGAUUGAGCCUAGGUGGGAACCUUUUUCUUCUCGUCUAUUCGAUUUGACCAGAGAGUCAGCGAUUCAGGCUCGCAUAACUGUGCGUGACCUUUGGAAAGAGCACCGUGAUGUCAUCACAAAUAUUAUGACAGAGUGUCUUCUCAUGCAUGUUAAUCUUACCAAGGCUUUUCUGGCGGCAGUUGAGUGCGGCGCUGACUUCGUUACAUUGACUCGAUCCUUCAUUCAUGCGCCCACGAGCCGAUCUUCUGAGCUGUUCAAUACGGACGAACCUUCCCCAGCAUUGAAUUAUACAGGCCUGUCGUCGGAAGGACCUUCUACAGAUAAUAAUAUGGAGAACUUUAGCAGUGAGCUGAAGGUGCUGGAACGCAGCUUCAACGACCACUUAGCAACCAUGCUAGAGUUGCUUGGUCGUGAAACUAGCCAGGUCCCUGUUUUCGAGAAGCUACAGACUGGUCUACGUCACUUGAGCCCAAAGUCAGUAGAUCCAGACGUGUAA